AUGAAGAUUAUUUUUGUAGGAGUUUGUUUUACCGCACUUGUGCAUCAGUCCUUGUCAGGAUGGAGUAGCGGAGGCAGUGGUGGCUGGUCUAACGGUGGUGGUGGAGGAGGUGGAAAAAGUGGAGGUGGUGGAGGAGGAAGUGGUGGUGGUGGAGGAGGAGGUACACCAAUUAUUCAACCAGCCAUUAUUAAAAUCAUAACCCUUGGUGGAGGAGGUAGCGGAGGAUGGUCGAGCGGAAGCAAUGGAGGAGGGGGUGGCGGAUGGUCGAGCGGAGGUAAUGGAGGAGGAGGUGGUGGAUGGUCAAGUGGAGGUAAUGGAGGAGGAGGUGGUGGAUGGUCAAGUGGAGGCAAUGGAGGAGGAGGAGGUGGUGGAUGGUCAAGUGGAGGCAAUGGAGCAGGAAGUGGCGGUUGGUCAAGUGGAGGGAACGGAGGAGGAAGUGGUGGUUGGUCAAGUGGAGGCAGCAGCGGAGGAGAUGAAAGUUUGGAAAUAAAAUCCAAGCAUGGAAGUUGA